AUGGUGAAAGAAAGCCAAGUAGAGGCAUGGCGGAGCAUGGCAGGGGUUCUCGGUCUACACCGAAGAGGGUUUUCUGACACCCUACAGAGGCCAAUGCUACCACUUGCAGAAUGGCGUGGUGCUAAAAAUGCACCUUCAACGUGCAAAGAGUUCUUCAAUAUGAAGCAUUCGUCUGCUCGUAAUGUGAUCAAAAGAGCAUUUGGUGUCUUGAAGAGUCGGUGGACGAUACUGCAGGAAAAGUCAUACUACCCUGUAAAAGUCCAAUGUCGCACAAUACUCACAUGUCUCCUCCACAACCUUAUCGAUAGAGAGAUGACAAACUUUAAUAUAGAAGACGACAUAGAUGAGGUUGAUUCCACCCACGCGACUACUGUCGGCGAUGACAUACAUUAUAUAGAGACGUCCAAUGAGUGGACUCCGUGGAGGGACGAGCUUGUAGAAGAAAUGUUUAGUGACUGGGAGUUGCGUAACCAAUAG